CGCCGUUCAAAGUUGACCGACCGAAGAUAAUCAUUUAGAAGAAUGCUUUUUCCUCCACUUCUUUUUUUUUCUUUAAAUCAGUCAUUUGUUGUCACCGUCUUCUUCUUCACAGCAACAUUUCAUCCUUUUACAAUCAAACCAAAACGCCCAAAAUGGCCGACGGAGUUCUCUCUAACGUUGUCGGAGAUAUCAUUACCAAGCUGGGUUCUCGAGCCCUUCAUGAGAUCGGAUUGUGGUGGGGCGUCAAAGGUGAGCUUAAGAAACUUGAGGCCACAGUUUCUAGUAUUCGCAACGUUCUUCUGGAUGCUGAGGAGCAGCAGAAACUUAACCGUCAAGUGAAAGGCUGGCUUGAGAGGCUAGAAGAAGUUGUUUAUGAUGCUGAUGACUUGGUAGAUGACUUCGCCACAGAAGCUCUAAGGCGCCGAGUGAUGACUGGAAAUAGAAUGACAAAGGAGUUGACUUCACUUCAGACGUUGUCGCUGUUCGUAGUGGCAAAAGGGCAUAUUUCCUCAAAGGAUGUUGAAAAAAUAAAUGAACUGAAUAAGCUUAAGAAUUUGAGGGGACGUCUUGAAAUUAUAAAUCUGGGUUGUGUGGAUAAUGAGAUUGUAAAUGUUAAUAUGAAAGAGAAACCAGUCCUUCAAUCAUUGGAAUUACGUUGCGAGGAGAGUUGGGAAGAUUCAAAUGUUGAUAGAGAUGAAAUGGCAUUCCAAAAUCUCCAACCGCAUCCCAAUCUUAAAGAGUUACGUGUGCUUGGCAAUGGAGGCAGGAGGUUCCCAAGUUGGUUCUCUUCCCUCACGAAUCUUGUCUAUCUCUGUAUACGGAAUUGCAAUAGAUAUCAGCAUCUCCCACCAAUGGAUCAAAUCCCUUCUCUUCAAUAUCUACAUAUUCGUGAAGUAGAUGAUUUAGAGUACAUUGAGAUUGAGGGACAAGCAACAUCAUUCUUUCCAUCCCUAAGGGUUCUCGUGCUAUAUGGUUGUCCUAAGCUUAAAGGAUUGCAGAAGAAGAAGGAUGAUUCGACAGCUCUUGAGCUACUCCAAUUUCCUUGUCUUUCGUAUUUCGUUUGUAGGGACUGCCCUAAUUUGAACUCCAUCCCUCAGUUUCCAUCUCUCGAUCAUUCACUAUAUUUGCACUGCGCAAGCCCACAACUUGUGCACCAAAUAUUCACACCAUCAAUCUCUUCUUCUUCCUCAAUCAUUCCUCCUCUCUCUAAAUUGAAGAUCCUUCAGAUUACGGACAUUGAAGAGCUGGAAUCUCUACCUCCAGAUGGACUGUGGAAUCUCACUUGUCUUCAAAGACUAACCAUUCAGAUUUGUCCGGCAAUAAAGUGUCUGCCUCAAGAGAUGCGUUCCCUCACCUCGUUACGAGAAUUGAAUAUCAAUGACCGUCCCCAAUUGAAGGAAAGAUGUGGAAAUAGAAAGGGUGCGGAUUGGGCUUUCAUUUCUCACAUCCCAAAUAUUGAAGUUGAUGACCAAAGAAUUCAAAGAGAGGGCCGCUAUCUACUGGAUGAUGAAGCUUCGAUCAAUGAAGGAUAAGUUUUGAAGUGUUGGAUGUGUUUCUUCCAAAAUGAGCAGUGUAUUACCUUUGAGUUCGCUCAUCAAGCUAGAGGAAUCAUUUAUUUGUUUUUUACUCACCUGAAAUUCUAAUAAAUUGGGAUGUGGGAAACAAAUUCAAAGAGAUUUUAAAUGCAUUGGCAGAAGUUAGUAGACUUCGUGGAAAAGAUGUUAUUGCUGCAAUUAGUUUGAUUAGUCUUCUAAAUUAGGAUGAGAAUUGAUUGUGCUGAAGAGGUGGAAAAAACCAUUUAUUCUGAAAACAAAAUGUGAUUUCUGGGUAAACAUCACAUUUCUCCCACACAAGGAGAUUUCUGGGUGCAUAUGUUCUUGGCGAGUGGAUAUGCAUUUUGAAUAAUUUUAACUGGACUUUCAUUUCUCCAUCAAGGCUCAUCAAGUAUGAGUUAUCAUUGGGAUGCUAUUGAAAUUCUGGGAUGCUGUUGAAAUUCUUACUACAUUGGGAAGUGGUGAACCAAAGCAAAGGCUUGCCGAAAUCAUGCAUUGGCAGAAGUUACUCGAACACAUUAAGAAACCACAACUACAUGCCAUGGCAGCAAUUCCUUGAUUGGCUUGGCAUAAUUCGCCUUGAAAGAACUGCUAUUAAUGUGUGUGGCCUUCCAUAGAAGAAUUUCUACUUAUUGGAUGACUUCUUUGAGUCUGUUGCCAGAAGAUUCGCUCAAAGAUGCUUAAUCACUAGUGUGAAAAUCCUCCAUCUAGCAACUAUCUUCAUAACUUACACCUGUGGCAAAGAUGAUGGAGAUUCACUAAGCAGCGCAUUGUGCCCUUGACAUCCCGGAAUAAAAACUCACCGGGAUAAGUUUCCUAUCUGUCUCAGUACAUAGUAAUCCUGCUGAGCGGGAAGCAGAAAGAAAACUGAAUGAUGGGAGUUUUGCACACUUCUUCGAAUGACUUUUUGCAGGCCUGCGUAUUUCAGGAUCUAGAUUCGCACUCAAGACCUCUGUUUCGAUCAUCCAACAUGCAAUGCCCAGACUCAUGCUGUGCUGCUUUUUGGUUUCUAAUUUCUCUUAUUUUAAGUAGUUUUGCUACUAUGCUAAUCAUUUGUUCAUUCAAUGCAAAUAACAUUAUUUUCCUUUUU